UUACCCACCGUGGCUCUAGAGUUUAAAAAACAUUUCUUUACCAUCCAUCAUUUUUCCCUUUUUAUAUUUAUUGUUUUGUAUGCUUUCAUCUCCUAUCCUUGUCCUUGCACAACGCUCGAUAACGUUACAAGCAGAGUCAAACCGAACAAAUAAACACACCAUUGCAAAAUUGCCUAAAUCAUAGAAGUCAAUUUAACGAAGAGAUCUAAUUAAAUGACCACUGAUUAGAUUUAUCGGACAAGCAAAGAUAGAUAAAUAUGUACAUUGAAAUAACGAGGUUGUUUUCUAAGAUAAUGAAGAAAUUAAUAUAUUUGUUAAAUUUUGCAUUCACAAUACUCUACUGAAAAAUAUACUUCAUGAAAAAUGCUUAAAAAAUCCAUCAGUCCCAGGUACUCUCAUCUGAGAGUACUCGGGGCUAGUGGAUUUUUUUAAAGCAAUAGUUAAAGAUUUUCUAUCCUGUGCUUUUUGCAACGAUCGUGAAAACAAUUUGACAAUAACAUCGAUUCAAAAUCUUUUAAUCGAGUUCAUUAUUACAAUAUUUCGAUAAAUUGGAUCGCAAUCGCUUAUUUCGGAAUCCCUAAAAAAAUAUGUCAAAUUGUUGUCAAAUUAUAUUGUAAACAUAUAUUUAAUUUUAAUUUAAAUAAAAUGACUAGCCGUAAUCCUAAUACCCUGAUGAGUGUCUCAGAUGAGCAAUUUGAUUAUUUAUUCAAAAUAGUUUUAAUUGGCGACUGUGGGACUGGUAAAACUUGUAUUGUGCAACGCUUGAAAUCAGGAAACUUCAUAGAAAGGCACGGGAAUACGAUAGGCGUAGAUUUUUCAAUGAAAACACUCAUAGUAGACGGUAAAAAAGUCAAGCUCCAGAUAUGGGAUACUGCUGGCCAAGAAAGAUUUAGGACUAUCACACAAAGUUACUAUCGUUCAGCUAAUGGUGUAAUAAUAGUUUAUGAUAUCACAAAAAGAUCAACAUUCUUAUCCCUUCAAAAGUGGAUUGAAGAAGUCAGAAAAUAUACAUCAUCAAAUGUUAUUGUUGCCUUAAUUGGUAACAAGUGUGACCUUGUAGAGCAACGCGAAGUGGAGCCAGACGAACCGAAGUCGUUCUGCCGAUAUGUUCCUGAAAUUAUGUUUGUUAUGGAGACAUCUGCAAAAGAUAACACUAAUGUUGAAGACACAUUCCGCAGUCUUGCUACUGAAUUAAAGAGGCAACAUGAUAAUAGCGAAGGACCUCCAGCGGAGUCUGAUUCUGUUGUGCUUGGAGAAAGUCACUCAGUGAGUAGAUGCCAGCCAUGUCGUUCAUCUUAGGUAAUUUUCUAUAAUCCUAGUAUACUUGGACAAAAGUAGAAAUUAGAAAUCACAAUAAAAUGUAAACAACUGAUUUGCUGCUUCUCAACUAGUUCAUUCAUUUUUUUAUUAAUGAAAUAUGUUUGGUAUAUGCAAAAUGUAUGU